AUGAAAUGGCAACCUGCUCCCAGAGCACCACUUGUCCCCCGUCCCCUCUUGAUCAAGGAGAGCUGGGACCCACUCUUCCAGCAACCGCCGUUGAUGUGUCUACAACACCUUGAACCCAAGGUCUAUGGGGAAAUCUCCCUUGGACAAGCAAUCUCCCUUAUCUUGGGAUUGCAAAACCAAGUCAUCCAGCUCAAGCAGGAACUUGAGGAAACCAAGGAAGCAGCAAAAGAAGCCCAAGAAUGGAUGGGAACCAUCAAUCAAGCCCUCACUUGCAUUGAGGCUAGGGGUGGAGCCCCCCACACACCAGAAGACCAGAAGCCCCUGGCAGUUGAGGCCACACCCAGGCCCUUACCCAAAACAGACACUGCUCCAGCACCUAGUGCGCCCCUCAUUGCCUGGGCCAACCCCAUCAAAGCUCCCCCCACCUUUGCACAGCCAACCCCUGUCCAGGCCCCCCCGCAAGGCUAUACUCCCCCUCCACCUUUGCCUAUCCAACUUUGUUCCCCCCAAGUCCCUCAACCAGCGGCUCCUGUAGCCACUUAUCAAACCCCGGUUAAGGUGGAUCACCCUGACACCUAUACCAGAAGAAUAGGGAACAAAGCCUGCCAGUGGCUCACAAGAAUGCUGGCAUGGGUACGUCUGAACCAACAGAUGUUCCCCACGGAUCAGGAGACGCUAUCAUUCCUCCUGAUGAACAUGAAGGACAUGGCAGGGGCCUGGGCUCACCCCCACCUCAAUCAACUUGGGUCCCACAGGGCCCUAAUUCAAACAGUUGAUGACUUCAGAACGGAGUUCUUGGCUGCAUUUGGGAACCCAGAUGCCACGCAAGCCGCUGAGCAGCAAAUCACCAACCUUACUCAGACAGGAACCUGUGCUGAGUACAUCACAAAGUUUAGGACCAUUGCCAUGGACCUAGACUGGAACAAUGCCACCCUCCGCGGGCAAUUCGCACAAGGCCUCCACUGGGAGGUCAGCCGACUCAUUGCUACCCAUGAGCGGCGCCCCACUACCCUCCUUGAGCUGCAGAACGCAGCUCUGGUCAUUGAUAACGCCCUCCGCAAAGAGCGCGCCAGCCACCCGCCAAAGGGUAAUAAGUCUGGCACCACCCCCAAUAGGGGGGCAAGUACCAGCCAACAGGCCACCAGGCUGGGACGCCUAUCCAGCAAUCCCAACUUUGUAUCCAAGGAGGAGCGUAACCGCUGCAGGGCCAAAGGCCUCUGCAUCAAAUGCGGGAAGGCAGGUCACAAGUUUGCGGAAUGCCGCACUGGCUGGAAGGCCAUGCCCAAGGAGGAGGGCGCUAAAAAGGAAACCGCCAAGAUUGGCAAAGAGUCUGGACCCAAAUUGGGAAAAGACUAA